GCGGCGGCGGCGGCGGCGGCCACAGCCCAGACAUCUGGGACUGUUGUUCUCUCGCGGCGGGACCGCCUCGGUCCAUUCGCCCAGAGAGACCGGGAGCUGGUCUAGUGGGGAGCGGGCGGCCGCGUCCCCCCUCUCCUGCUUCCCCGAAGCCGCGCAGGAGCUGGCACAAACAUCCUGCGGCUCGUCUCCAAUGCCCUUCAGUGAGGAGGGGGCGUCGCGACCCUGGUGAGCGUACGUCAAGCCCUUCCAGUUCGGUGUCUUCGCGGGUCCCCUAGGCCCGCACCCCCCCCGUCAGGCUGCCAUGGCUGAAAACGCAGAGGGAGACCUGAACUCCAACCUGCUCCACACCCCCUACCACACCGGGGACCCUCAGCUAGACACGGCCAUCGGGCAGUGGCUGCGUUGGGAUAAGAAUCCCAAAACAAAAGAGCAAAUCGAAAAUCUGUUACGGAAUGGGAUGAACAAGGAGCUGCGAGAUAGACUUUGUUGCCGAAUGACUUUUGGAACUGCAGGACUUCGUUCUGCCAUGGGGGCAGGAUUUUGUUAUAUUAAUGACCUUACAGUAAUACAGUCAACACAGGGGAUGUACAAAUACCUUGAGAGAUGUUUCUCAGACUUCAAGCAAAGAGGUUUUGUCGUUGGGUAUGACACCCGGGGUCAAGUAACUAGCAGCUGCAGCAGCCAAAGGCUUGCUAAACUCACUGCUGCAGUCUUAUUGGCCAAAGAUGUACCUGUGUAUCUUUUUUCAAGAUAUGUUCCUACACCUUUUGUACCGUACGCCGUCCAGGAGCUCAAAGCAGUUGCAGGUGUGAUGAUUACUGCAUCUCACAACCGCAAAGAAGACAACGGAUACAAGGUUUAUUGGGAAAAUGGUGCUCAGAUCACAUCUCCUCAUGAUAAAGAAAUUCUGAAAUGUAUAGAAGAAUGUGUGGAACCCUGGAAUGGUUCCUGGAAUGAUAAUUUAGUGGAUACCAGCCCACUUACAAGAGAUCCUCUGCAGGACAUUUGUAGGAGAUACAUGGAAGAUCUGAAAAAGAUCUGUUUUUACAGGGAAUUAAACUCAAAGACCACCUUGAAAUUUGUACAUACAUCUUUUCAUGGAGUUGGACAUGACUAUGUGCAGUUGGCUUUUCAGGUGUUUGGUUUUAAGCCUCCAAUUCCAGUACCAGAACAAAAAGAUCCUGAUCCAGACUUUUCUACUGUUAAAUGCCCAAAUCCUGAAGAAGGAGAAUCUGUGCUGGAACUCUCUUUGAGACUGGCAGAGAAAGAAAAUGCCCGGAUAGUGCUAGCCACAGAUCCCGAUGCAGACCGAUUGGCAGUGGCAGAACUUCAGGAGAAUGGUGAUUGGAAAGUUUUCACAGGGAAUGAGUUGGCAGCUUUGUUUGGGUGGUGGAUGUUUGAUUGCUGGAAGAAAAAUAAGUCAACAAAUGCUGAUGUGAAGAACAUUUAUAUGUUAGCCACCACCGUCUCUUCCAAAAUUUUGAAGGCAAUUGCACUUAAAGAAGGAUUUCAUUUUGAAGAAACAUUACCUGGUUUUAAAUGGAUUGGAAGUAGAAUAAAAGACCUCCUGGAAAAUGGGAAAGAAGUCCUUUUUGCGUUUGAAGAGUCUAUUGGUUUUCUGUGUGGAACUUCGGUUUUGGAUAAAGAUGGGGUGAGUGCAGCUGUUGUUAUUGCUGAGAUGGCAUCUUACCUGGAAACCAUGAAUAUAACAUUGAAACAACAACUGAUUAAGGUUUAUGAAAAAUAUGGUUAUCAUAUUUCAAAAACGUCAUAUUUCUUGUGUUAUGAGCCAACUACCAUCAAAAGUAUAUUUGAAAGGCUUCGCAAUUUUGAUUCUCCAAAAGAGUACCCAAAAUUUUGUGGGACAUUUGCUAUAUUGCAUGUACGAGACAUUACCACCGGCUACGACAGCAGCCAGCCUAAUAAGAAAUCAGUGCUGCCUGUGAGUAAAAACAGCCAGAUGAUUACGUUUACGUUUCAAAACGGCUGUGUUGCUACACUUCGGACCAGUGGGACAGAACCAAAGAUAAAGUAUUAUGCAGAGAUGUGUGCAUCACCUGACCGAAAUGACACUGCCUUGCUAGAAGAGGAACUGAAGAAACUCAUUGAAGCUUUGAUUGAGCAUUUCCUCGAGCCCAGUAGAAAUGGACUGACCUGGCGCUGUGUUUAGUGUUCAGCGGUACAUCCUUGCUUUGCCCUGGCCGGUGGCACAGAACAACCAAGAACGCCAUGCACUGAACUCGUGUUCACAGCCUCUGUCUGUCUCGUUUGGCCGAGUAUCUUUUUCCUAUUUCUUUCUUACUGGUUGGCUGACUAAACAAACUGUAUAAAUUUGAAAUGGAAUGGUCUGAAGAGAAAUGAUUCAAAUUUUUUCGUAAUGGUGAACAAAUGUUACUGCAUUAAAAGUGUUACGGUAACACGUCGUUCUUCCUCCAACAGAAACAAAACAACAUAAAUGUGAGUUUUCUUAUUCAAGUGUGAUUCAGCUUAGUUCCAUAUUCUUGGAAUUGCGUAUAGCGCAGUUUGUUUGUUUUAAGUAAGAUGUAUGUUGUAUAAUUGAAGCGUUAGUUAAGGAAAUUAAUCCAUAAGAUUGGCAAGAAAAUGGCACUGGUCCCAGUAUACUUUGGAAAAGUGUCAUUGCUACAUCAUAGGUAUUAACUUACAAAUUAGAAUAUUUGAAAUAGGGUAUUUAGUUAGCAUUUGUAGCUUAGAACAGAUGUCACAGUAUGUGGUUUCAGCACCUCUUUCAGGUGCUCUUGGUGCAGUGUAAAUUUUAUUGUAUUUAUUUAAAAUUCUGACAUUACGGAACAUAAAACAACAGUGGCAAC